GCUCAAAUAUCUCAACUUCUUUGCAUAGGUAGUGACCUGCACAUGGGCCUUAGAAACAUAUGGAAGAACUACCGAGUUUUCAUUGUUACAGGAAUUGGCAUGGUGCUGAUUCAUUGGGGCUGGUAUAAAAUCAAGUCCAAUCCCCUUUUUCAACCAAAGAGAGAGGACUUUGUUCAAGAGCCUGACAUUGUGAGUUAUGUGCUACAACAGGAGAAAGAAAAUAAACAGAAAUAGUUGUACACUGCUGCAGAAUAAUUAAAAGGUCUCCAUCAACAAAAGAGAUGGAAGGCAGCUGGAGUAGUAGGAAUUGGCUGCCCAUGGCUGGAUUUUUAUUCAUUGGUGCCCAUGUUGGGAUUUACCAUCAACAAAAAGCAGCAAAGCUUU